AUGCGGAAUCACUCGGAAAAAAAAUCGGCAAAAGUCAACGAUAAUCUCGAUUUUGAGAACUUGAAUGACGCCUGGUAUCCACCGCAUCAACUAUUGAGUCCUCUUCCUCGAUGCAAUGAGCAUGAGUGGCAUGUUUGGGAAGAUCCGUGGCCGUUUCAUGUCUGUCAGAAGGGAAUUGGGGACUGCUGGCUGAUGGGAGUUCUAAUGGCUAUUUCGAGAAAACUAAUGGCUAUUUCGAGAAAAAAAGAGUUGCUCGAGCAGAUCAUUCCGAAGAGAUAUUUGAUCGAGCAGAUCAUUCCGAAGAGAUAA